GAUGGGUGGCAGGAGUAGGCUGCGGUGUUGGGAUUGGAAACUGGUGGGGAAAAAGGGAAGGGUAGAAUUGGUGGGAUUACAAACCGGGGAGGGAGUUUUCUGCAGUCUUUCGUGCAUAAGUUUGCUUACCUGCUCAUAGUUGACCGAAACUGCCUCUUGGCCCACGCAGGACAAGCGACCGAUGUCCGAUCCCAUGCUAUUUAUCCCAUGCUAUUUAACGUGCUAUGCUUUUGCACGUUACUGUGUAAUAGCAGAACAGCACCUAGUGGGAGUUAACUCCUUUGACAAAGGCUCCACGCAGAUGCUCGCGGCCGAAAGACUGACAGGGACUUAGAGAUAGAGGCUGCGUGCACUUCCAGUGCACACAGAAUUGCCGUCUCCUUCAAACCUCAAUGUAAGCAAAGCACAGACCUUUUGCACUGCACCCGCAAAGAGGGUAAGGCUACCGUAUUUAGGGUGCGCUGAACACACCCUUUGGGUAAUGUACUAAACACUUCACUCGCACAAGCUUCCAAAACGCGAGUGAAUCACUGAUUCAUGUUGAUUCCGUUGGCAGGUGGUGCGGCAGAUGCCAACCGUUACAUGGCUACCUACCUACCUUUCCCGACGCGAUCCAAUGAUUGCCAUUAGUGUUUGGACUCCAGUUACCUGCUUGUGGAAUUGUGCAUGUUGUGCAAGUGUGGACGACAUUUGACCGGCCUAGGUGUGUUGGGAACUUGGGAUCCGCAUGGUUUCGGAGGAUAAGGCCACGCUAUGUUGGCUGCUUGGCUCAAGUCUUUGCCAUUGUCAAAGGACAGGAAAUGUUUAUAAAGCUUAUAGGUCAUACGGAAUAUGGAUAACUAUAAAGUCCCUCACACGGUGGAGGCCGCCCUACAGUCGCUUUCAGACGUAGCCCAUAGUUUGCCUAUGGAAGCCACCGUUACAAGUAGUCUCUUCAAAGGGGACCUGGAAAAUGCUAGAAAGCAGCUUGCGGAGAUCAGUGCAUAUGUGGGGUCACUGUCGACAGAGCGCAGGGCAUCCGCCUCCGCAGCCAUAGUAACAUUCACCGGAGUCCGUUCAUUUUUGAUAAGGCUUACGGCGGAGGCGGUGCGAAUACUGCCGAACACAUGUCAUGGCAAUGGCUUCGUGGACGAAAUUGUGGUUGAGGGCGCUAUGCUGGCCGGCAACCUGCUCAUGUUCAUGACGCACCUGCCCCAGCACGUUUCAGAAGCAGAAACCCAUAAACUUCUAGGGCCGCUCGAUUUUGUGCGGAAGCUCUUCAGCAUGCAAACAGUGCAAGCUUGUAGCCGUCAGUUAGCUGCCGCGGCCGAGUGGCUGCUUAAUGCGCGCAAGGAGGGCAUUCAGCAGCUGCCACUGGAGACAGUGUUCAGCCAGGCGGUGUUGCCUGCCUUAACGCUGCUUGCUGGCAUGAUAUGCAUCUCCUUCGGGAUGAUGUAUUGGGAGGGGUUUACAGGUGUCGAAGAGCAGCAACAGUAUUACAACCGGCUCGGCCCUGUGCUUAGGGACAGCUGCCCCAUGGAGCAUGCGGCGCGAGCCCUGCUUGCUUACCAUACACGGGCUGCAGCUGAAGGCGGCCUAACCAAGAAAGCAGAAGAGGCGUCGUUCCUGUUCUUAACUGCUUUUGUCGAAGCAGACAACUUUUUCUCGUUGUCCUCCGCAGCUGAGGGCCUUUGUGCUCAGCACGUGGCAGUGGCCCACGGCUUAACGCUCUUAUGCGAGGAUGAUGAUGGCCCCGCCUACGGCCUGCAGCCGGACCUGCUUGGGAGGCUGCCCAUCCUGACCGAGCCCUUAGGGGCCCUGGCGUCAACUCCCGCACCGGCCCAAGGCCGAGAGCCGCAGCUGGACCCGGUCUGCUUCAAGGCGAUGUUGGCCGCUUUGCGCAGGCAGUCAAAGCAGCCAUUGCACCGCAAGGCCGCCCACACGCUGGCACUUCGCCUCCUGCACCUUAUGCUGCGACGCGGCAACUUGCAGCCUGAUGGCCCAGCUGCCGCCGAGCUUGCUGCUGGUGUGGCGGCGGCUGCUCCGCUUUCCAGCACUGCUGCAACUGACGUUGGCGCAUUGCCGGCACCGCUGGCCGGCCGUACUGCAUCGCGAACCAGCCAUCUAGUGCUGCGCCAGGAUCACGUUUCGGAAAUUGUGGUUCAAGCUCUGGCGCUGGCCUGGGCGACGAUCCCCACAAGCGGGCAUGUGACGGAGCUUAUGGCGGAGUUAUGGCGUUUGGCGAUGGAUGUAGGUCGGCAUGUCUGCCUGCAUGCUGAUGAAAGCACCUGCCGAGGACUGGGGGAAGCGCUCCAAGAGGCGCUGAGCCCAUGGGAUCCACACGGCAAAGCCUCAUCCAGCUGGGCGCCGUCACCGGUACCUCGCCCGUCUGUGGCCACAGCAAUCGCAGCUGGCCUGCUGCCCUGGCUGGACAGCCUGCUGCGGCGUCACAGCGCGGCAGUUGGCUCGGAAAGCCGCGAGGGAUCGGUACUUUUUCAAUUCUUGAAUGGAGCCCGCGUUAGGGAAGCCGAGACCUGGCUCGACCUCUUUACAUAUUCCGAACCGCGCCAGGCGGCAUCGUGGGUGGUGACACACGCCAAAUUGCUGCGGCUUGAGAGAGGGUAUCUGUCCCUUGGUGCCAAGAGCCGCACAGCCGUCAUCCUCAAGCAUAUGGAAGAGUUGGCGUCCGGUCCGCUAGCUGAAACCCUGGUGCCCGAGGGCGCCCCUGCUGGCGAUGAUUUCGGGCAGCCAGCGGGGCUUCAGCAACUGGGUCGGUUGGUUUCCUUUGCGGUCUGCGAGUGGCUGCCAACCGCCUCACUCCUCCUCCGGCAGCUGGCCUUGCGGUGUGCCAUUGUCGGACCCCCUCAGGAGCCAGGCCUCCACAGCUUUUGGGGCACGUACAUUGCUCCGCUGGCGCGCUGGCUAUCUGGGCUGGCGCUGUCCUGUAAGGGCCGCAGCGGCGAUGCAGACUGCGCGGGCAGCAGCAGCAGCGGCGGCAGCUGGGUUCCCUUCCUGCUUCGCGAGGUGGCGGUGGUGCCGCUGCUGGGCUCGCUGCUGCACCUCUGUCGCGGCGUUGAGUCGGACACGGGGGCGGACCUGGCUGAACUCCUGGACUGCUGCGGCGUGGUGGCGGGUGCCUUUCCGCAGGAGGUGCAGGCGGCAGUGCGGGAAGCCGAGCAGGCAACCUUUGCGCCGCCGGUGUUCGCCUGGCCGCCAGUGCUGGUGCGCGGCUUGGCGCCGAAGCUACUGCAGAGCGGGCGUGGGGAGGCGGCAGACGCCGCAUUGGCGCUGGCAGGCCGGCUGGAGGCCUGGGGUUCUGACAGAGGCGCCGGGGGCAGUGCCGUGGGCUUCACUUGUGUGCCGGAGCGGCUGCGGCAGCGGGCUAGUGAGCGGGGCAUGUCGGUGCCGGACGUGGUGGGGGUCAUGCGGCGGUUCCUGGUGCCGCCGGCGGAGGCACGCCGCCUGCUGCGCACGUGCAGCAACCCCGCCUGUGUCAACCUGAAGGGCGACAGCGAGGCGGAGCUGCCGCUGAAGGCAUGCGCGCGGUGUGGAGGGGCGUGGUACUGCUGCCGGGAGUGCCAGACGGCGCAUUGGCGGGCUCCAGGGGGGCAUAAGGAGGCGUGCUUGCAGCGGCAGGGGGCUGCUCAGGGUGCUGCACAGGGGUGAGGGAAGGUGGAUGAGCGGAGUUAGCCGCCCUGUUUGGAAUUGAACUUACAGCCAGCGGGCGUUACGGGCGUGCACUGUUGGGGUUUGAGGCUUUCUUGGAUGCCGGUGCCACCAUUGUGAACGGGCACUGGCUUGGGACCUGUGAUCGUACAUACAGGUGUCGUACUCUAGCAGGGCGGAAGAAGCUAUGCCCAGAUGGUUGUGUUGACUUCACCCUUGCAACUUAAGCCCUAUAUAUGCUUAGGUUGGCUGGAGGCGAUGUAUAUAUCGACAGUCGUGUUGGUUCUAUUGCUAUGCUACAGUUGCCGGCCCAACACUGUCAGUACAGUAGGAGGGUGACAGAAGAUGGCGAUGAUUGAAAGCACUGAGCCGUGUUGACGACAGUUUGGGGAAUGCAGUGUUGUUGUUUUUGUUGUAGCUACUGGCUACCUUACAUGCUUCUUCCCCGGAUGCAGUGCUGUUUGGCACUGCUUAGCCCCUGCGGCCUGUUGCUUGCCGCUGCUUCUAGGAGUUUGCCAUGCGCUAGUAACUGUGGUAUGGUCGGACUCAUGACACUGCUUGUCAUUAUUUCUAUGUCUCGCCCCAUGCCCCAAGGCUGUUGUAGCGGCUAGCUUGCUUCCUUCCUUGGCAUGCGGAUGCGGGUUUGUUGUUUGCCUUUUUUAUGUUUAUGGACGUGGCGUUGCAAAUGUGGGGUGUUUAACCUAGCUCCGUGUGAUGUCCCACGCAGGGCCUUUUUAGUCCUUCGGAAGCACUAAUACCUGUCUUGCCAAUUGUCCUACUGCUAGUUAGCUACUACUAACAGCUCAUUGGCCUAGUAUGACCUUGCUGGGGAUAGCAAGGAAUAGCGCUGCAUAAUGGCGUUUUAGAUAGGAAGAGCACGUUGCGGGUUAUGGUCUGUGGUUGGAGGAUGGCUUGGUUCUUGGGGUGCUACGGUAGGCGAGAAAGGCUUGAGGAAGAAGCGGCAAUUGGCAUUUGGACCAUGCAUUUGCCAUGCAUGCGCUUUGUGGCCUGUACAGGGGCGCCCGCAUGACAAAUUGCAUAUGGCAGCUCACCCAAGCCCGAGCUCAUCCUCCUUGGCCGCUAACUUGACUAGUCGUUGGUAGGCAUCAUUCGCCUGCCUGGAUACGAGCAUGGAUGCUGGGCCGAGGAAGCCUGGUUACGAUGUUGGCGUUCAGCGGUGGCGUGUGUGUAUUGGAGUGUUGCGAUUAUGGAAGCUAUGUCUUGGCAUCCUAAUUGACAUCAUGUAUCUUCAGCUGUAUACCGAGGUACUCCGCGCAGGUGUAAAGUGACAUAGCCAUGGACAAACCAACUAGCUGUCAGAGGGAAGAUGUUUCACCGCUACUAGAACUAUCCCG